GUGCUCUUAUAUGUUACAAAUAAAAGUCACCCGGAGUUUUCUGUCUUUAGAGUUGACAUCUGCCUUGAAAUAGGAUCUGGAUCUGGCGUGGUUUCAUCAUUUCUAGCUGCUUCUGUUAUUGGAUCCAGUGCGCUGUACCUAUGUACAGAUAUCAACCCGAUGGCAGCUUACUGUACACUGGAGACAGCUCUGCUUAACAGUGUUCAGCUUCAGCCGGUCAUUACUGACUUGGUCAAAGGACUGUCUCCAAGAUUAAAUGGGAAGGUUGAUCUACUGCUGUUUAAUCCACCGUACGUGGUAACGCCUUCUGAAGAGGUGGAAGGCCAUGGAAUAGAGGCAUCCUGGGCUGGUGGCAAAAAGGGCAGAGAAGUAAUGGAUAGAGUUUUUCCACUAGUACCAGACCUACUUUCACCAGGAGGGCUAUUUUACUUAGUCACAAUUAAAGAAAAUAAUCCAGAUGAAAUUCUGGAGACGAUGAAGAAAUGUGGCUUAGAAGGCACACGAGUACUUUCCAGGCAAGCAGGACAAGAGAUGCUUACUAUCCUCAGGUUUAGGAAGUCUUGAUAACUGCUCUUAACCUUCCCGAUACGAGGCACGCAGAAGA